GCUAUAUAAGUAAAGAACACGCAGUAAUCUUGUGUAGUCGUCAAGAGUUCGUUGCAACACGUCUUUUAAAUAAAUCCGGCAGGAAAAAUCAACCAAUUCAAAAUGGCAUUGAGUGAUUUGGGGGUGGAGAGCCCUAAUUGCUCUCAACCAUUUUUGGGAGGACUAACGAUGCCUGACGUCUGCGUUACCAAUCAUUUAGCAUUAUUCCUUCCGUUGCUCAGCACUUUAGUAACUUAUCAUCCUAAAAUAGGCGAUCCCUGUGGACGAGUUAAGCCUGUGAAAAAACCUGAUAUAAAUUAUGAUUUUAUUGUUGUAGGAGCUGGAGCCGCUGGGCCAGUAGUAGCAGAACGAUUGAGUGAAAAUCCUGACUGGAAGGUACUUUUGAUAGAAGCUGGAGACGAUGAGCCAGCUGGUGCAGAAAUUCCAAGUUAUCUUCAAGCUUAUCUCGGAACUUCAAUGGAUUGGAAUUAUAAAACGUCGGAUGAGCCAUACGCCUGCUUAGCCAAUAAUAGAAGUUGUAAUUGGCCGAGAGGUAAGAAUAUGGGUGGUUGUACUGCUCAUCAUGGUAUGGCCUAUCAUCGAGGACAUGCUAAGGAUUACGAGCGUUGGGUAAAAAUGGGUUCCACUGGCUGGUCCUGGAACGAGGUUUUACCGUAUUUCUUAAUGUCAGAGGACAAUCGAGAAAUUGGUAGAGUUAGUGAAAAAUAUCAUGGUACCGGUGGCAUCAUGACAGUAGAGAGAUUCCCAUGGCAACCACCAUUCGCUUGGGACAUUCUCAAAGCAGCCAAUGAAACAAAAUACGGAGUGAGCGAAGAUUUGGUAGGGGACAAAAUAACAGGAUUCACAGUGGCUCAAACUUUGAGCAAGGAUGGUGUGAGACAAAGUACCGCUGCUGCAUAUCUCAGGCCAUACAGAAAUAGAAAGAAUCUCCAUGUUCUCUUGAACGCAACUGUCACUACAGUACUUACAAGGAAUAAGAAAGCUUAUGCCGUGAAAUAUGUUCUGAAUAAAAGAAUUUAUACAGUUAAAGCAAGACGUGAAAUAAUAUUAUCAGCGGGAGCAAUAAACUCGCCGAAAAUCUUACUUGAUUCUGGAAUUGGUCCAAAAGAUCACUUGAAGUCUGUCAAAGUUCCGGUGGUUCAUGAUUUACCAGGAGUCGGAGAGAAUCUACAUAAUCACGUUUCUUAUGGCCUAGAUUUCAAUUUAGACGGACCAGUAGAACAGGAAUUGAACGUUGAUUCUGCCGAUUUAUAUUUGUACAAUCAAACCGGACCGUUAUCAUCAACCGGUUUGGCUCAAGUAACCGGUAUAAUUGCUUCAAAUUUUACCACUGAAGAUGAUCCUGACAUUCAAAUAUUCUUUGCUGGAUACCAAGCUACCUGUACUAGCAAACAAACUAUUGCCGAUUUACAAGUGACCAAUAACAAACAAACUGUCAGAAUGACAUCUGUAAAUAUUCAAUCUAGGAGUAGAGGAUACAUAAGGUUAAGGAAUAACAAAUCGGAAAGUCUACCCUAUAUUCGUAGUAACGAAUUAGAACAUUUUGAAGAUAAGGCGAUCAUUGUUGCUGGAAUUCGAGUAAUUCAAGCUAUUGCUAAUACAACCGUAAUGCAGAAACGAAAUUUGAAACUGAUUAAACAGAUAUCAGAACCAUGUUCUAAAUAUGAAUAUGACAGCGAUGAUUAUUGGAUGUGUGAAAUACAAUGGAAUACGAGACCAGAGAAUCAUCAAGCUGGAAGUUGUAAAAUGGGUCCAAUAAGCGAUCCAAUGGCUGUUGUUGACCCUAAAUUAAAAGUUCAUGGUAUUGAAGGAUUGAGAGUAGCUGAUGCAUCAAUUAUGCCACAAGUCGUUUCUGGUAAUCCCGUUGCUGCGAUCAAUAUGAUCGGUGAAAGAUGCGCAGACUUCAUCAAGAAAAAAUACUUGGAAUAAAAUUACUUUAUUAUGUAAGGCUAUUAUAAUGUAUAGUAAAAAAUUAAAU